AUGUACUUAACUAGGUACAUUACUUCUUUUGUAUUCCAGGAGCAAAUAAAUUUGGCCUCUCUACAAAACUUAUACAGACUACCGAGGUGCACUAUUUCUGCUUUUUUACCAGAUGUUCUGUUGGCUGUAUCCGAAGUGCCUGGCAACUACAUAAAGGUUCCUGAAAGUGAAGAAGAAUGGAGACAUAUUGAAGAAGGAUUUUCUGUACAGUGAAAUUUCCCUCAUUGCUGCGGAACGAUAGAUGGAAAACACGUUCAGGUGCAGCGCCACCGAAUAGUGGAUCCCAAUUCUAUAAUUAUAAAGGAACUUACAUCAUAAUUCUUUUUGCUUUAGUUGACGCAGAUUUUAUUGCUUUAAAUAUAUAGAAGUAGGGGCCGAUGGUAGAGCAAAUGAUAGCACUAUAUUUAGGAAUUCUGAUUUGAAUAAGGCUAUGAUAAAUGGAUCAUUAAAUUUUCCACAAGAUUCCUUAAUAAUAGGUGAUGAUGCAUUCCCUUUGAGGAAUAAUCUUCUCAAACCCUAUACCGGAUCGCUAACUAUUAAACAAAGAAUAUUUAAUUAUCGUCUGUCGCGAGCUAGGAGGGUUGUGGAAAAUGCAUUCGGUAUUUUAAGCGCAAGAUUCCGAAUAUUUCACAAAGUUAUUAACUUAAAACUAGAUACUGUAGAUCUGGUAGUGAAAGCUUCUUGUGCAUUGCAUAACUGGCUCCGAACUACAAGUUCCAGGGUAUAUAUUCCUAG